CUAAGUCCUUGUGUACUUACUACACACGACCUAUAUACUGGUAGGAGAAUGGCUGUCCCUGAUACCAAGAAAGAGUUUACAUUACCUCCGUCAACCACAGGAGAGUUCCUUAGGGCUAAAUCAGUAUUCCGUGAUUGGAUUACCGCGGAUGGAUCGUCUGGGUAUAAGGCAGAGUCCGGGCGGUAUCAUCUGUAUGUCAGCCUAGCCUGUCCCUGGGCUCACCGUACCCUGAUCGUUAGGAAACUCAAGGGGUUGGAACACGCCAUCUCUUAUGACGUUGUAGACUGGUUCCUGGACGGUCAAGGAUGGUCUUUCACAGACAAGAAACCCAAUUGUACUUUGGACACAGUCAACGGCUGUUCGCGGUUGCGGGAUGUUUAUCGUAUGGCUAACCCAGAUUAUGAUGGCCGUAUCACCGUUCCCGUCCUUUGGGAUAAACAAAAGAAAACCAUUGUAAACAACGAGUCGAGCGAGAUAAUCCGGAUGUUCAAUUCGGAAUUCAAUGUUUACUGUGCCAACGAGGAACAGCAGAAGUUGAACUUUUACCCUGAGACCCUCCAGAAGGACAUCGAGGAAAUUAACGAAUGGAUUUAUCCGAUGAUCAACAACGGUGUGUACAGAAGCGGUUUCGCAACAAGUCAAGAAGCCUAUGAUGCAGCUGUACGUGAAGUUUUCCAAGGUCUCGACAAGGUAGAAGAUAUCUUGUCUAAAACCCGCUACCUAACCGGAAGUAAUCUGACAGAGGCGGAUAUCCGUCUAUUCACAACGCUUAUGCGGUUUGAUCUAGUCUACGUAGGGCAUUUCAAGUGUAACAAGAAGCGGAUUGUAGACUACCCUAACAUGUGGGGAUACCUGAGGGAGUUGUACCAGAUCCCGGGGGUGGCUGACACCGUGAACUUUGAACACAUCACUAAGCACUACAUGACAAGUCAUACUGUAAUCAACCCGACAAAAAUUGUAUCCAUUGGGCCGGAUAUUGACUUCACCACUCCACAUGGCAGGGACGCCAUGUUAAGAAGUUAAAACAGGAGAUAACAUUGAUUUACAGAUUUCAACAAUUAUCUUUAAUAUGAUAUAAAAAUGAACAUAUGCUCCCUCAGCUUGAAUGAGAUCUGACAGAAGCCGUAAUAUAAUAUUCAUUCCAAUGGC